UCCCACCCGUGACAUCCUUCCUUACGCCACAUCCUCCUCGAUCCCCUUCGCCAUUAAAACUCCCGCUGUCUCCGACAAAGCAGCAGCUCAGUUGGCAUUCUCUUCCCUGUCCACUGCGAUUCACUCGUAACAGCACCCGACAACGUAAUCGGUCCCUCUCGAAAUCCACGCUCCCGCACGAUAUCAAAUUAAAUGGGUGUCUGCUUCUCACAGCGGUCCUGGGUCAGCAGCGCCAGCGACGGCGACUUCCCCUCACGGGCGGCUCCCACCGCCAAGGUGAUCUCCCCCUCCGGCCUGCUGCGCGAGUACGCCCUCCCCAUCACCGUCUCCGAGGUCCUCGAAGCUGAGACCUCUGCCUCCUCGUCCUCAUCGUCGUCGUCGUCUUCUUCUUCUUCAGCUCUGUUCCUCUGCAAUUCCGACAUGCUGUGCUAUGAGGAGCCCAUCCCGGCCAUGGGCUCGGACGAGGAGCUCUUGAAGGACCAGAUAUACUUCUCCCUCCAGAGGUCCCGGCUGGGCCGGCCGCUGUCGGCCUCCGACAUGGCGGCGCUCGCGGUAAAGGCGAGCCUCGCUCUCCAGAGUGCCGGCGGCUCCAAGUACGGUGGCCUGAGUAGGAGACGCCGGAAGAGCCAGAUUUCCCCCGUUCUGGAAGUCACCGACAAGCGCCGCGGCGUUGUCAGUCUCGAGCUCGCCGGUCCCCGUAAAGGGUCCUAUUCGGAAAGCUUCGAGAAGCCGCCGCCGCCUUCUCCGGCCAGGAAACUGCGGAGGUCUUCUUCCUCGAGGAGACUCAAGAGGGCGGUCCGUUCGUUCAGGAUAAGGCUGAGCACGAUUCAGGAAGGGCCCGAGUCUGUUCAUUCAGACCAAUGCUGCAGAAGUUAAUCAAUGGCAGACAUCUCCAUAGCCUCGGCUCGAGGCUUUGACCGAUGAUGAUAAAUCGAAUCGAGUCUGGUUUUUCGGAUUAGUUUUUGUUCACGAUCGUUAGGAUUAUGAACUUUUCGCAAAUUCUUUGAUUGAUUAUGAGGGAUAUUAUUGGUGUGUGAGUAAUUAAGCAGAUCGCAUUUCUCUCCUCGUACAUAAUCAAUACGAGGAGAAGGAAAUUAGUUUGUACAAUUUUGAUAUAUAAAACAUUGCAUAUCUUUAGUCUCAAAGUGAA